GAGGGGGCAAUGUUCCUUCACUGCGCAACUCACAGAGACCACUCACUCGUCACAGCACAGGACCAAGAUGCAGGGCACGCUUAGCUUUCUCUUCGCUCUGCCCCUCGUCACCGGGUGGGUGCUGCCCCAAGAGCCUGCCGCUCAGGUUCAGGGAAACUUCGACCAGGACCGGUUCAUGGGUAAGUGGUACAGCCUCGGACUGGCCUCCACCUGCCCCAAGCUGGCUGCCUACAAGAGCAAGCUAUCCAUGGGCACCCUGGUCCUGGUCCCGACCGAUGAGAGAAGCCGGGUAGACGCAACCAUCACCUUCACUAUGUGAGUCCCUCCGUUCAGAGAAC